AUGAGUGACAUUAAACCAGAAGAAGUCAACAAACCACAGGAACUCCCAGUAGUUGCUGCUGAAGAGACUAAAGUGGAAAAUGUAAAUAAGGAAGUGGAAUCAGCACCAACGACAACUGAACAAGAAGACAAACAAACAGAAGAAGACAAAACAGAGGAACCAGUUAGUCCCGAACAAGAGGAGAAAGAGAUCCUUAAACAAGUUGAAUUCUACUUUUCUGAUGCCAAUCUCCCAAAGGACAAGUUCUUGUGGCGUACUGUCCAGUCCAAUGAUGAAGGUUUUGUACCAAUUGAAACCAUCGCCUUGUUCAACAGAAUGAAGAAAUAUAGACCACUUGAAAAAGUUGUUAAUGCCAUCCAGAAGUCAGAUUUCUUGGUAGUUAGCGAAAAUGGUGAGCUGGUUAGACGUAAGGUCCCAAUUGUUCCUCCAAAUGAAGAUGAACAGCGCGAUGCCUUUCAAAGAUCCAUUUAUGUCAAAGGGUUCCCAGUUGAAGAAAAGGACUGGCAAUAUGCUCUUGAAGGUUUCUUCAACACCUUGGGUCAAACGAAACAAGUUAGAUUGAGAAAAGAUAUUGACAGAAAGUUCAAGGGUGAUGUUUUUGUUGAAUUCUCAACCAAAGAAGAAGCUGACAAAGUGUUGAACAUGGAACCAAAACCAAGCUUUGAAGGCCAUGAAUUGGUCAUCAUGAGCAAGGGUGCUUUCACCAACUUUAAAGGUGUCGAAAAGAAAUUCAAGAAUGCCAACAGGGGUAGAGGCAGAGGUAGAGGUAGAGGCAGUGGUAGAGGUGGUAAGAGAGGAGGUUCUUCAAGAGGUAUUAACAAGAACGAUGACACUAAAUGA